AUGAUAUCGACAAGAAGGAUUCGCAGAAAACAACAACCAAAACGGACAAACGCUACCUGGCCUCAGUCAAGGGUGUAUUAUGAGUAUGAUACUUUAGAGUAUGAUACUAGUAGAGCAUAUGUAAGCGUACUCACUGUGAGUGAAAUUCAAACCGUUCUUGCAAACUCAACGCAGAGCUCAAUUACCUUCGACAUAGUCCUCUUCGAACGAAAGCGAGUAGACAACGAGGAUAUCGUCCCUACGUCUUCCUCGACAAAUAAGAAGACACGUAUCUCCAUACCAGAAGAGAAGAUAGUCCGUCGAGAGAAACCAACCGAAGUGCCCUACGAAGACUUGGAUGAAUGGGCACAAUUCUUUGAGCAUGAUUACUUGCUCGAUCCGAUUCCAGUCCCGCUCAUGCGUUUUGGCAAGAGAAAAACAACAUCCAACAUCUCGUCAGUAAAGACAUUCACAGCUUCUUCGUCGAGGAAAGCGAAAAGGCGAGAUCUCUCAACAAUGACGAAAAAGAAGGCUGGGAAAAUCGUCUGGCGGGGUCGACCCGUAAAAUCAUCGAGACCAAUAUUAACGGUCAAACCUCGACGAGGCCGUGUUGCUUCACCGGAUGCAUUCGAUAAUUCGGAAGACGGAGAGGUCUUUGAAUUCACAGACGCUUUUGAAGUUGCAGACGCUUUUGAAGUCACAGAAGCUUUUGAAGUCGCAGACGCUUUUGAAGAAGAAGUAGAAACCCCCGAGGCUGUCAAUACAACCAAAGUGGCCGAAACAACAGAACCCUUAACACCGAUCAUAACACAGCAGGUCGAAAGCCAGAACAGGGAAAUUGCUGCGUUGCGAGAACAUUUAGCGUACGUGGAAAAAGACCAUGCCCUCACAAAACGUGCCGUGGAUAUCGAUCGAAGUGAGAUUGAAUUAAUUCGGAAGCGGGUAGAUGAUAUCGAGACGGGGAGAAAGAGACACAAGACCGAUUGA